AUAAAUUCAACUAUCGUUUUAUUACGCAAUAAAGUGAGGCGUAGUUAAAACAUCAAAAUAUUUCAUUUUCAGCAUUUGAGUUUCAUUUAAAAUGUUUUUUGAGUUUUUGAUAACUGUGGUCUUCGUUCUAUGGCGAGUUACUAAAUCAAUAACUAAAAGUAACUCUGAUAACAGUUCGUUUGAUACAAAACCUCGUACUAAAUACGACUAUAAAUCUCAUAGUCAAUACUGCUAUGAACCUCAUACUCAAUACUACUAUGAAUUUUUCCGUACAAUUUUUGAUUGGAAUCCUUCAUGGAUUUUUGACAAUCAGUAUAAAAAUACACCACCAGCUACAAUUGAUUUAAUAAGAAUGACUCCAGUAGCAUUAAAGUAUUCAACCUUAGAAGAAUAUCAAAAAAUAAUGUUUCCUCUUUUGAUAAAUGAAUUUUGGCAUUCAUUAAAACGUGACAUUGCAGAAGAUAUGGACUAUCUUCAAUGUAACAAAUAUGUCACAGGAUGUGCAACUAGGACUUCAUCUCGAUGUACAUCAAACACUAUUCGAUUUCAAUGGAUAAUAACGUGUUCAUAUGCGGAUAAACUUGGCGAUGAGUAUCCAAGUCGUGGUAAUUUGGUUAUUAUUAAAUAUGGAAUAUCUCAUCAACUAGCAUAUGUCGAAGAAGUUGAGAAGAGAGGAGACAAACGAAAAUUGACGACUACAUUUACUUAUGCAUUAAUAACAAAGUACGAUCCAAAAUUAUCGUUGUCUGGUCCAUUGUCAUUAACAACUUUGACAUCGAUUUUAUCUACUUUAGCACUUAUUGAUGUGCUAGACAAUAUUUCCAAUUCGCCGCUGAUUAACGCAAUUUUACAACCAAAAUUUGAACCAUAUACUUUGUGUACGGCAAUCGAAAAUAUUUCUACAGUAACUGGAGAAACUCUUAAUUUGAAACAAUGGGAAAUAAUGUCCAGAGUUGUGAGUACAGUUGAAUAUAUAAAAACUCGUAUAGGUUUGAUACAAGGACCUCCAGGCACUGGAAAAUCAACAGUAAUUAAAAAUAUUAUUGCAUCUACAUUGAGUAGAAGAAAAACAGCAAGAAUUUUAGUCUGUGCUCCUUCAAAUAAAGCGGUCGAUGGAAUAGUUAUUAGAUUAUUGGAAAUACAAUCACAGAUGAAAGCACAAGGCAUUCCUUUCGAAAUUGUUCGGAUAGGCUGUAUCGACAGAAUAGAUGAAAAAGUUAAAUGUGUAUCCUUAUCAAAUCUCAAAUCGAUUCGAAAGAAUCAACACUUAUUUAACAUAAAUAAUGGGGAUAAAACCAUUGAAGAAUCUAUUCUAGUAUCUGCAAACAUUAUAGCAUGUACUUUAACGUCAUGUUAUACGAAUUUUCAUAUGAAAUCUGUGUUUAAGUCUGGAGGGUUUUCGUUUUGCAUUGUAGACGAAGCUGCUCAAGCGACAGAAUUACUUACAUUAGUGCCUUUAAUGUUAAAUAUAAAUAAAUUAAUUUUAGUCGGAGAUCCUCAACAGUUGCCUCCAACUGUUUUAUCGCAGAAAGUGAAAGAUUAUGGGUACAAUCAAUCGCUUUUUGCCAGAGCUCAAAAAAUAUUUGAAAGCGAAAAUGAUAUUUACUUUGAUAAUCCUGUUGUAAUGUUGGAUACCCAGUAUCGAAUGGUUGAAGCAAUUUCUCAGUGGCCGAAUCAGUAUUUUUACAAAGGAGCGAUAAAAAAUGCUGCUUCUGUAGGAUCAUCAAAUUUUCACAAUUACAGAGUUCUUAAUCAUUCAUAUUCACAAUCUUUUAAUGGUGAGUCGAAUGAAAAUGAAGCAAAACUUGUUUUACAAUUAGUUCGUAUAUUGAAAAAUGAUGAAGUAAUAAACUAUCCAAAAACAAACAAAGAAAUGAGUAUUGGUAUAAUUACACCGUACCAACAACAGCGCACAUUAUUAAUGAAACAUUUACAAAAUGAAAAUAAUAAAAUCGAGAUAAAUACAGUGGACAGCUUUCAAGGUUCUGAGUGCGACAUCAUUAUUAUGUCAUGUGUUAAAAGUAAAGGUAUUGGGUUUGUUAAAGAUCCAAACCGAUUGAACGUAAGUCUGACUCGAGCUAAACACACUUUGAUACUUUGUGGAAAUUUCCGUACAUUUAGGCGUAAUAAAAUGUGGCAAAAUUUAUUAAAUGACGCAGAAUCACGUGGUCUUUAUUAUGAUAUUCCAGAAAAAAAAAACGUACAAAUAAUGAAAAAUAUUAUUCUCAAAGGCACGAAUGAUAAUUUUAUCAACAAUUAUGAAUAUUUCAAUAAUGAAAAUAAUAUAUAUAGAUACAAUAAUAAGAUUUUUCAAAUUAUAAUUCAUUUUUACAAUGUCAUUAUCAGUUUUGUCAAAUGUUUAUUUACAAUUAAUAAUUGUAAUAAUAACAUCUGAAUUAUUAAGAUGUAAAUUAACUGAUCUAUAUAUUGUGUGGAUCAGUCAAUUGGCCCUGGGUUAUUGAUCGGUUUUACCCUAUAUAUUAUAGGG